AAACAAAUUCAAAAACGUAGAUAUACACUAAAUUCGUAUUGUAUCAUCAACACACCAGGAUGCCAGAAUCGAAGAUUUAUACUCUCCAAACCACCGUGAAAGAUAUAUUUGUGGUUCUUACGAAGGCUGAUGUGGAAUCCAACGUGUUGACCACGGACAUUCCAGAAUCAUUCCAAGAAGAAGUUCCAAACCAAAUAUUACCAAGUCUUAGAAGCUUUUUGAAAGAUCACAAGAGCUAUGAAAAGACUACCGUCGAGAAGAAAAAUAGCGAAAAUUCUUAUGAACUGCUUGCUUCGGUCUUCCACGAUAUCAAAAUCGCUUCAGCAUUAGCAAUAAAGGAGUACAAAGUUGGUACUACCGAAUACAAUGAUAUCGAUUUCUUUUAUAAAUUUGCAUCAUCUUUAUUAUUAAGAGAAUCUAGUAGAUUGAAUCUGACAAUAAAAAAGGAAGAAUUUGAUAGUCAAACGGACUUCGAAUCAAUUGUAUUUGAAGAUUUUGAUAAAAUCUCAUCUGGGUUUUCUUCUGAUAAUGGAGAAGUAAUUUCGAUAAUUCAUAAAACUGAAGUACCCGCCGAUCCAACUCAAAAUGCUUAUUCAGCUGGAUCUCUUUACCUUCAUAACAACAAUCAACCAGAGGAGAAAAAGUAUAACAGUCAACCACUUUUCACCUCUCUUACCAAAAAGUCAGAAGUUGAUAUUCGUCCUACACUCAUCCCAGAUCCAUUUGUUCUUACUAAAGUUGUUCCUUCUAUGAAGAAUCCUACUCGUGACAGUCAAACGUUGAAUAAUAUCUCCCCUGCAAUUUCUAAAAUUCCUGCUGCCACAAGUCAACCUACGGAAAUGAUGCUCAAUUUUUUCCAUCCAAACUGGUAUACUUUGGCUGUUCCCACCUGGUUAGACUAUCAGGGAGUAAUUGUGAAUGACCCUUCAAUGAAUAGCAAUGCUCUUUCUAAAAAGCUUCAAGAAGAUGGAGCUUCCAGUUCUUCUAAAAGAUUAGGCUCUUGGGUGCGAUCAUUUGCUCCGCUUGUAGACCUGAAGUUAUCCAUUAUUACUGAACAACAUAAAUCAAGUGUUUGGUUAGCUCAUAUUGGAUUAGAUGAGAUUGAAAGAAUAAAGAAGAGCUAUAUUUCUUCAUUAGAGACCAGCAAUGAUUCUAAUGAAACUGAAGCGAUCAUUGUAUCUAACAAUGAUGAAUUAAAUAAUGGUGAUGAUAUGACUGGAGUGGAAGAAACCAAGUCAGAAGAUGUGGAAUCUGAUACAAAGGCUAAAGAAGGAGAAGUAAAAGAACAUGAACAAGAAAAUUCUGAUAAAACCGAAACUGAAGUAGAGGAUUCGGAUUUUAAAAUAAACAUAGACAAUUUAGCGAAAUGGGAUCCAUCUAAAAUAGAGACUUUUGAAGAUCUUAAGAAGGAUGAGCAACAUAUAACAGGAUCCAUAAGUGAAUUCCAAAAACUCAUAUCCAAAAACUUGCUUAAAUUGAACAAACUUCGUAAUGAACGAUUUGUCAGAAGUACUCCAAAUAAUGUUUCAAUUCCUUCUGCAAUUGAAACCAAGCUUUAUAACAAGGUUCUUAAGUUAAUAACCUUGUUCAUAGAGCACGCAAAAAUCUCGAGAGACCAGAUUUCGCUCGCAUUUAGUAAGAGAUUACCAGUCUUAUUGAGUGAAUACUCUGGUACCUUACCUGGUUCUGCUAUCGUUUCCAAGAAUUCUGGUACGAAUAUGUCCAAGGGUGCCAGAUUACCUAGUAUCAGGGGGCCAUAUAAAAAGAAGAAUAGAUUGUGAUCAGAAUAGUUUAAUUAUAUAUAAAAUAAUGUAAUAUUUCAAAUGGAAAGUAAAGAAUUCAAGUUAUACGUUAGGUAUUAUAAAUCAUAUGAAUUGUUUUUUUAUAUAUAAGGGACUAAA